AUGGUGCUGCGCGGCAGCGCCAAUUUGAAAUGCCCGGUCGUUGUGAGUGUCGGUGACUGGCGCACCGGCUGUUUCCUGCUUGAAUGCCGCCGUGCUCAGCAGACCCUGACCGCUGCGGUCGAGGUCGCUGCGCGCGAGGGGCGCGGACGCAGUGAACGAGGGAGGAGCAGCAGCAGGCUGCACGACAGACGUCGAAAGACAGAGGCCUUCUGCGCGUCCAGCUCCUACCACUCUCUCCCGCACGCUUCGUUUGGCACUGCUCUGCUCGGCUGCACAUUUAGCUGGCAAGCUACCUUGACUGCUGCUCCACAACCCGCUCUGCCCUUCGUAGAGCCCCAGCUUCCAUCCCAUCUCCUGCUCGACGCCCUGCCUGGUGUUCCGCCUGUCAGUUGCCAGCGUUCUGCACCUCGUCGAGCCGCGCUCCGCAUUGUUUGCCUCAGUUCCACCAGUGCCUUCCGUCUGCGACGAACUCAGAAGGAGCUCCCCGCUGCCCGGCCAAUCAGCGCGCUCACCCUCCACCCCGCCUUCCUCUUCCACGACCUCAGCGCCGCCCGAAAAGGCGCCCCCCGCCGUGCAACGCGCCUGCCUCGCCUAUUCUCGCCAGCAUUCAGUAUGUGCACCAAAGUCGUACACCAGUACAGCUGUGGCCACUCGACCUCAGAUAAGGCCGCGUGCGCUGCAUCGAGAAGUGCAAACUGCGGUGUCUCGAAUGUUAAAACGGUCAAGCACGACGAGAAGUGCGAUCACUGUGAUCGGUAG